AUGGCGUAUAAUAAUUCGAUAACAACCUGGCCAAAAUUAUCACAUCAAUUUGAUAUUGAAACAAUGAAACAAUAUAGUAGUUACAAUAUAAUUAAUAAUAGUGAUGAUAAUAAUAAUAAUAGUAAUUGUAAUAGUAAUAAUAAAUCAGAUCCUUAUUCAUUGUUUCCAUCCAAUUCUUUUAGACCAAAUAAAAACUCUCAUGAAAACAAUAAUAUUGAUAAUAAACUGGAACAAUAUACAAAAUAUGAUGUAUUAACACCGGAUAAAUUAUUAUUGAAAAAUGAUCAUUAUAGAAACAAUCAUUUUAAACAUCUUUCAAUGAAUCAAUCUGUAUCGAAUUUGACUAUUCCUAAAUUUAUUAAUUAUGAUAAACUGAUUAAUGAUAAACAGAUAGAUGAUGAACAAAGACUAUCGUCUGGCUCAAAUGAUAUAAAUGCACCAAAAGAUUUACGAAUACGUAAACAAUCACGUUCAAAUUCAAAUCCUAUGCGUUACAAUAAACAUAAAUUAAAACAAUCUUAUCUUAAAAAAGAAAAUAAUAAAAAUACUACUGGAUUUUCAAAUAAUGUAAUAACAAUUCAUAAUACUAAUAUGAAUAGUCAUUGUAAGAUUCCUUCUGAUAUUCAUUUAAGAAACAACUUUGAUAGUAAAAACAUGGAUCCAUCAUCUAAUAAUAAUAAUAAUAAUAAUAAUAAUAAUAAUAAUAAUAAUAAUAAUAAUAAUAAUAAUAAUGGUAAUCAUUUAUUUAAUUCAUCAUAUAAUCCACUAUUAUCAAAUUCUUAUAUUAAACAACAACCAUAUCCUAUAUUUCCACUUAACAAUAAUACUACUGAAAUAGAUAAUCUAAUCAAUUUACCAAAUUCACAAAAUAAUCAUUUUAAUCAAAUUCUUUCACAAGCACAAUUAUCACCAUCAUCAUCAUCACAAUUUUAUCAAUAUUGGUUGCAAAUGAUCAAUACACCAACAUUAUCAUCUGUAGCCACAACAACAACAACAACAACAACUGCAACAGCAACAACAUCUUCAUUCACUGUAACUACACAAGAUAUAAUACCACCGCAAACUUUAAUGACAUCAAAAAUGUUACCAUAUAAUUUUAUUCCAAAUGAAUUACAAACUUUAAGUUCAUUAUUUUAUCAAACUAUUAAACAAUUACAAAUGAAUCAUAAUUUACCUGUAAAUAUUUCUUUAUUUAAUCAAAAUCAUUUUAAUCAGAUAUAUACAACAAUAAUCAAUGAGAAUAUAUCAUUAAUCAAUCAAAAACAAUUAAAUAAUCAUUUUAAUAAUCAUCAUAAUGAUGAUAAACAAUUAAAUAAUUUCACAUUAUUACAUAAUCAAAAUCAUACUACUACUAAUACUACUGUUGCCACCACUAUUAAUACUACUGUUAAUAGUAAUAAUACUCAUAAACUAAAUAGAAAUCAUGAUAAUAAUAAUAGAUCUGAUCCACAAAUAAUCAUAAAUCAAUCAAAAUUAAAAAAUAAAUCAAUAAAAUUUAAUAAAUUAUCGCAAUCAAUAAAAAAUAAUUUAAAUUCACAAAUUAUUGAUCAACAUCAUCAUCAUAAUAAUAAUAAGAGAAAGAAAUAUUCUAACGAAGAUAAGGAGAUGAAUAAUCGUGAUGAUAAUGAAAUAAUGAAUGGAAAUAAUCAAUUAGAAGUUGAUGAAACUGAUUGUUAUAACGAUGAAGAUGGUGAUGAUGGUGGUGAUGAUGAUGACGAUGAUGAUGAUGAUGAUGAUAUUGUUGUUGAUGAUGAAGAAAUUAUAUUAGAUCCUAAACAAAAUCCUGAAAAUAUUCCAAUGAAUAUAUUUAAGUGUAAUUUAUGUAAUAAGUAUUUUGUUACUGCACAUGGUUUAGAAGUACAUGUUAGAAGAGCACAUAAUAAUGGUAAACGUCCAUUUGAAUGUCAAUUAUGUCAGAAAACAUUUGGUCAUGCUACAAGUUUAUAUCAACAUGAAAGUGUACAUUGUCAAGAUAGACAAUUUCAAUGUUCUCAAUGUGGUAAAACAUUUAAACGUUCAUCUACAUUGAGUACACAUUUAUUAAUACAUAGUGAUACACGUCCUUAUCCAUGUCAAUAUUGUGGUAAACGUUUUCAUCAAAAAUCUGAUAUGAAAAAGCAUACUUAUACACAUACUGGUGAAAAACCUUAUAUUUGUUUACAAUGCGGUAAAGCAUUUAGUCAAUCAUCCAAUUUAAUUACACAUUCACGUAAACAUACUGGUUUUAAACCAUUCUCUUGUUUUCAUUGUUUACGUGCAUUUCAACGUAAAGUUGAUUUAAGACGUCAUAUUGAAACACAACAUGGUACAAUAGAUUUAUGUAAAAAAAAUUAUACAUUAGAAAAUAGACAAACUUCUCAUAUAUCUAUUCAUCACAUUCAAGAAAAUCAGAAAAAAUCACAUAAUUUACAUUAUGAUAAUAAAAUUAUAUUAAAUUCAUCAUCAUCAACAUCAUCAUCAUCGUCUAUUUCACCUUUACCAAAUAUACUUUCUAGUCCUACAUCAAUUCAUUUACAGAAUUAUUCAAAUUCAUCUGAUCUAAUUGAUUCAUUUCAUCAUUUCAAUGGUUUAAAUUUAUCUAAAAUAAUCAACACUAACAACACUAAUAACAAUAAUAAUAAUCAUAAUCAUAACAAUAGUAGUAUUGACAAUAAUAAUAAUAAUAAUAAUAAUAAUAAUAAUAAUGGUACUGACAAUAGUAUUAAUGAUAAUAAUAAUAAUGACUGUGAUACAAUAAAUCCUAAAAAUUAUUCUUCAUCUAGCCCAAACAAUAUACAUGGUAAUAAUGAUGAAAAAUUAUUACCUUAUUCAGUAGAGAAUUUACUUAGUUCACUAACAUAGUUUAAUUUGAAAUAGAGAAAAUUCAAUAGUAAUAAUAAAUAAUAAUUAUAUCAUAGUGAUAUAAUGAAAAAUUUGUCAGUUUAUUUUCCCUCCCUCCCUCCCUCCCUCCCUACCUCCCUCGUCUCUUUCUCUUUUAUUAAAGAAACAAAUAAAU